AUGGACCAAACCUCCUGGCUCGACCUUUCACUCUCUCCAGACGGCGAAGUCAUUCCCAUUCCGCCCUCACCACCACCUACAUCAAGCAGCCCUCCCAAACUCACCCGCUCAAAGUCCCUCGUCGAACGAGCCACAAGCCGCGUCUCGCAACACUCCACAUCUCCCAACACUUCUCGCAGCGACGACCAACAGCAGCAGCAGCAGCUCUCCGGUCGUCCUUGUCUUCCGCCAUGGGAUCGCACCGUGGACGUCGUCUACCAUAAGUACAAGCACGGAGAGGCCAAGCCAGACAAGACCAUUGCCGUAAAGACCCUGACAAAGAAGUUCUUUGCGCUACAUAAACGGAACAACAACAACAAUAACAACUCAAAACAAGUCAGCAACAACGACGACCCCAUCAGCCUGAAUGCUUUCCCCUGGAACCAAGACUGCUGGGAGCCCUCAGACUUUACACCCCUGAAAAGGGUCCUCGCCACGUUCCGCCCCUACAUGCGCGUCUCAUUCGACUUCUAUUCCACCAUCUUUAUCGCGAUUCUCUCAGAGCAUAGCUUCCACGUCACCUUGUCCCCCUUCAUCGCCCCGAACCUGAAUCCCCUCGCAACUACAUGGCUCAACAAAUACGGUCCCUUCAUGAGGUCCCUCGUCAUCGAAAUCGAUCUCUCCCGCCUCGGCCUCGGCCCCUCCCCCCAAGCCGCACAUCUCCUCCCCUGCACGGCCAAACUCCAACACCUCCUCCACAACUUCAGCAUUUCCCAGCUCCAGCGAGCCCCGGAAGCACCUCUCGAGUCCCUCAUCCUCGCAUGCCGUCGGUUUUACGGCCAAAGAGAGGACAUAUCUGUUGUUGUUCCUCCUCCCUCCGUCCAGUCAAAGAACUCUGUCAGGGUCGUCGUCGAAGAAGAAGAAGAAGAGCUUCAUCAUCAGUCCUUUGUAGCUGAAAUAUCAGGGAGGCUGUCCUCGUGCGACAUUCCCGGCAUGAUUGCCCGAGCACUAUCCCCCGCCCCAGACGAAUCCUUUGAACACUCGGACCUCUCUCUUGAAGAAUCGUACAUUGGCCAAGAUGCAGAAAGCGAACAGACAGAUUCAUACAUCUACUCAGACGACUACGAUGACGACGAAGACGCCGAUCUUGUCAACAUCUCCUUCAUGAGCGACAACAACAACAACAACAACUCAUACGCCUUUUACACAUCCUCCUCAUCAGCAUCAGACUCAGACUCAGACUCAUCUUCAAACCCAAACACCCCCCUCGCCAUCUCCCACACCAUCCCCGAAGAAGAAGACGAACAGCCGCCGUUAUACUGUCCGGACAAGCACCUCUCUAUAUGCAACCACCUCAUCCGCCUCUGCAACAACGUCAACUCCCUCCGCAUGGUCGGCUUCAGCGAGGCAUACACAAACGCCUUCAUAGCCACCCUCUUCCCCGAGUCGAAAAUCCUGCCCCUGAGAUACCACUCAUACCGUGUCGCCCCAUCCACCUUCUGGCCUCGUCUCCGCGGUCAAAAGUCUAUGGUUGACAACGGCCGUGGAGAGAUUGUGCUCGAUGAUCACGAGGCCAUUCCGGAGCCAUGCAUUUUUCCCGAAGGCCCGUUUCAGCUUCCAGCCCCCAACAUAUACAAAUGCCUGUCUAUCAAAUCCUUGCCGGCACACCGCCCGAGGAACAAUACUGCCAGUUCGGGGUCGAGCUGGCCUUCUCAGAAGAGUGUCGAAAGCACCGAAGAGGCAAAUACUUCGAAAACCUCGCGGUGUAGCUACGAAAAGUCACUAGUGCACAAGCUUUUGGAGAGGUACAAGAAGUCCAGGCGCAGGCCGAGGCCGACAUCUGCUCCUUGA